GUAGGAGGAAGCACGGCGAGUGCACUAGAGCGUGCACGUUUGUAAUGAGUUGAAUGCUUGCGCACAGGUGGCUCUGGUAGCGAUGCGCCCCAGGCUCACUUCAGUUCAGUCCAGUUGUCCGUUUGUUGCUGUUUUCAUUUCACCCUUCGUCGUGUUAUCGCUGCCUUUUAAAGAGGUCAUGAGAUCGAUUUGACCCCAACUUCGCUUUCCAUCGAAAGCAAAUGCAUCAAGUGCGAAGGCGGAAGCGGCGUUCGUCGCAAGGUGUCAUUACGACUCCUUUACUUCGGAACAUGCGUUGCGUUGACGUGAAUCGCGGCGCAUAUGGCUUUGGCUUCACGAUCUCGGGGCAAAAGCCGUGCCUGCUCAGCUGCAUAGUUGCUGGCAGUCCAGCGGAGAUCGCAGGGCUGCAACCUGGGCAUGCACUCAUGGCCGUCAACGGCCGAAAUGUUGAUCGACUUCCGCACGACACCGUGGUUCGUCUGAUCGGCUCAAGUUGCGGCCGCCUGCGUCUGCACGUUUCACCGCACUGGCAUGAGCAAUCCAGCAGCAGCGACUCGGAUGGAGAGACAGCUGUGAGAAAUCCUGUGCGACUGUCACCACGAAGUGCUGCACCUCCUGCAGAACUUAGAGCUGUCGUUGGUUACCUCGGCACUAUUGAGCUUCCUAGACACCUUACACCUGGCUCGAGGCUUGCAGUAAUUCGGAGCUGCGUCCGUCGGAUGCGUUCAGAACGCAGGGUGCACACAGUAGUAGCCUUGUCAGUUCGCCGUCGACACUCUGUGGUUCUCAGUGAUGCGAGUGGUGGCACCAUCGCUGAAUUUGGUGCUGAACGAGUUGCCUUUUGCGGCGCUUGUGCAGACGACAGACGUUUUUUCGGUCUUGUGACUAAUUCUGAGGUCGGCUCCGCGUGCCAUGUGUUCAUGAUUGACCCCUCGUUGCACCCUCACCUCGCGCAUUUGCAGCGAGCCGCCGCGUUUCGAGUGGCGUGCACUCCUAAUGGGGUCGGCUGUGCUGAAUUUCCAUCGCACGCCGACCCCAUCCUGAGGGCCAUCGCAUCCCUCACUGCGGCUGCUUCACCUCCGCCCCCUCCUCCACGCAGUAAUGCCAGCAGUUGUCCGUCAAGUAAUUCGGACUCUGGCAUAGGUUUCCGCGAUGAAGACUCUCUGCAGGACAGACUCACAGUGCGGGCGAUGCCUGACCCGCCUGUUGAACAAAUGCGAAAACUAAGUCCCAAGGUUUAUGGUAACGUUGCGCAUAGUCUGGAAGACUUGCCUGCGGCUAGUCCUGCUCUGCCAUCAGGUGAUGACGAGUCAAUGACCUCAAUAGACCACUGGGGCAGUCUGCAGGACUUGGCUAGACUUGAUCAGGGACGGCAGCGGCGGCGUCGGAAGCAUCCCACGCACCACCAACACCCCAUGCAACCCCCUAGCCAACCGCCUCAGAGCCAGUCGCCGCCACCAACGCUGGACGACGAGUCGGACUGCGAACAACCUUUCAAAAAGUGGUGCAGUGGCGGCUCGUACCUGGGAUUUUUACACCGUGUCACGCACGACGAGGAAGACGACAAGCCGCCGCCGCCUAAAAUGCUGCCUCCACUAACCCCCCUUUGGGGCGCGAGCGGUAGAUACAUUGUGGACAAUGAGAGCCACAAGGAGAGCUCAGAGGCCAAAGGAGCUCUGGGGGCCCACGGCAGGAACCACAGCGAUGUUGGCGAAGUCGACCCAUCCAAACCGAACUGCUUUGACUCUUUCGAGAAAUUGCUUGAUGACCCCAAUGGGAUGCACGCCUUCUCGGAGUUUCUAAAGAAAGAAUUCAGCCACGAGAACAUCUACUUUUGGGUGGCAUGUGAAAAGUACCGCCGGUUAAAGGAUCACGCGGCGCGGAAAGCCUUGGCCAAGAACAUUUUUCAGAAGCACCUUUGCUCUGGUGCCCCUGAACCAGUCAAUGUCGACUCUCAGGCUAGGCAAGCGACGAAAGAUGGGCUGGAGGAAGCCAAAGAAAACCUAUUUGUCGCCACUCAAAAGCAAAUCUUCAACCUGAUGAAAUUUGACAGUUAUCCUCGGUUCCUUAAGUCAGAUUCCUACAAGGACUCGUCAGAGCAUUUCAAUCUAGACCCUGAUCUCAUUUUGCACGCUAAGGAUGAGCCAAACCCUGGAAAAGUAUGCAUUGAGUCAAUUUUUGCUUCCGCGCGAGCUAUAAAUUUCCCCAUGCAGCUAAAGAAGAGCCAAAGUGACGCGGAAGACAGGAGGCGGAAAUCUCUCUUACCCUGGGGGCGAAAAAACUCGGGACAGUCAAGGUCCAAAUCGAGGGACAGAGGUGAGGAAAAAGGGCACGACGACUCUAGCUCAAUUAGGUCAGAGCUGACCAGCAGCAGAUCGUCUCUGGCCUCAUCGGACCUGGCUCUGAUCCAACGAAACACAAGCAGCAGACAAUCGGUUUCGCUGGGCGACGUCAGCCAAUCUGGCGAACUCUGCAGAGUAAUUCUUCCUGAUGGUGCCACAACAGUAAUUUCAACUGUCCGCGGAGACACAGUCAAGCAACUCAUAGCUCGGCUGUUAGAAAAAAGGGGUCUGCAAUACAGCACAUUUGAAAUUUACGCCUCUGGACAGUCAAACAGCGUCAAUUUGUCGGACGAAAGCAGUGUGCUCAGCGGGAAAGAAGUGCGUGUUGAGCAACGAGUAGUUUUUAGACUUGAUCUCCCAAGCAAGAAAACCCUAGGUGUCAGAGCAAAGGCCUCAAAAACAUUGGCGGAAGUUUUAAAGCCCAUUCUGAACAAGCACAAUUUAAAAUUGGAGAAUGCCAUUGUAACACUGAUUUGCGAUACAACCCCGCUUGAUGUGAACAAGCCAAUCACUUUUGUCGAAAAUGAGAGAUUGCAAGUUUGCAUUAGCGGCAACUCGGGCCAAGCAAAAGGAAACAAAUCUACAUUGGACGAAAUCACAAACAGGGUUUUUGAGGAACUACUGCAGGGCAAACCCACUGAGAGUGCUCAAGGCUCCGACCAAGGUUCUGUAAAGUCUGAGGACUGGAGUUCUGACCACGGCUCAGGAAUAUUUGGACGAUUUCUGAGGAGAGACUCUGCAUUCACGGACAAAACCAGGGAGUCCAAAAGCAAAAAAGGAGCUGUGCCAAGGUUCAUUGACGUGCAUGACAAUACUCUAAGAGUGCCUGGACUAAGAGUGAACCCUAAAGGUCAGUCUGAAAGUGAAGAGCUUUACGAAGGUCUGAAAAGAGCACAGCGCGGCCGUUUAGAAGACCAGCGAGGCACUGAUAUUAACUUUGAACUUCCUGACUUCUUGAAGGAUAAAGAAAACUCGCCAAGGUGGCUCCAAAAAGGACGCCUCUCUGAAGGGGACUGCCUGCCAUUGAUGUCAACAGAGGGAAUCGAUCUGUCUUCAGGGUUGUUGCCAACGGUGGAACAGGCUGAGGCUUACUUUGGCAGCAGAAUGCCACCUCUGUCGCCUCCCAUUCGACAUCCUAUGGACCCACCACCUUUACCUCCCAAGCCGAAAACAUACCCAAAGCAUGUUUCCAAGUGGGCACCAUCUACGUCCUCUGACGAUGAUAGAAAUUCCACAACAAUAGUGUGAAAAGGAAACUUAAAGCCAAUCAAAUUAUUUAUUGGAUGAUUUGUGUGAGUGGUUUCAUUUUGUUUUGUAAGUUUUAAAUACUUCUUGUACACUGUCAUAAAUUUAUUGUGGUUUGUAAAUUAAAAAUUUUAUAGAGCUGUCCUUCAACUACCUAUAUUUUAAAUAUUUUCUGUAAAUUAAUGUGAAUACAAAUACUAUAAAUAUUAAUUCAUGCACAAUUCAGAAUAAAAUUUCUUUGGAAAACUA